GUCAGUUUGCAGUUCACCGUUUAACAGUGAACUGUGCCAUCAAUGGGCUUAGUGAAGAGUAGAGUUUAAAUAGAGGAAGGGGUUUUGGCAGGGGAAGAAAAGUUACAGCCUGACAACUCCUAAAAGAAGAUGACGAGACGGACUGAAGGACAUUAAAACAAAUACAGUCCAAGGUCACCAUGCCAGCAGGAAAACAUCAACAGAGCAACUUCAUUCUGUUGAUAAUGGCUUUGUCAGUCAUGUUGGAGGUCUGCAGGGUCCAUGGCUGUAGGCCUGGCUCUGGUUCAGAGUGUGAAGAAGCUCCUUUUGUCCCAGGCUACAACCUGGCAGGAGAGGGCUUCGAUGUGGUGCAGAUGCGUCGAACGGGCGCGUAUGUCAUCAACGUCGAAGCUCACCUGGCUGAAAACCGCACCUGCACACUGUGUCCCAACCGGUUCCAAAACGGACAGAUUCAGAGGCUUCCAGUGGCGGUGGUCGACUGGCGUCCCUUCAGCCGCUGCAGUAAGCAGCUUUCUAGUGCCCUGCACCACUCGGUGGACUCCCUGCUGCGCAGCUCCAACUCCCUGGUUAACAACAACUGGAAGGUGGAAUUGGGCCUCGACAACAUUGGCACGGGAGUGCUGGGAGGAAGCAAGUCAGAACUGGCAGUGUUUGCUGGUCAACAGCACAGCGGGGAGAAGGCCACUUUUGCCACCCAGGAAAUCAGUUGCACCUUCUACAGCUACAGGCUGGCUGAUCAUCCCCAGCUGAGUACAGAAUUCACAAAGCAUCUGAACCAACUCCCACCGAGUUUAAACACAAGCCAGGACAGAGCCAAGUACAGACGUCUGAUAGACACCUAUGGAACACACUUUAUACGCCAGGUCCAACUUGGCGGAAAGGUGAAGCGAAUCACUGCCUUCAGGACCUGUCUGGCCACACUGACGGGUUACUCAGAGUACGAGAUCAAUAACUGCCUGAACGCCGAACUCCGAAUGGCUCUAGGUUUCGUCACUGCUAAUGCUUCCUUCUCCAACAAGUGUGAAAACAUCCUGAAGGGCAGUACGAGUAUGAGCAUGGGAUCCUACCAAGCCUUCAUGACCCACAAGACCGAGGUUAUCGGGGGGGAGAGGUACUUCCCCGACAUCCUCCACCUGCAAGACCCAUCUGAAGCGUACCGCAGCUGGAUGAACAGCCUCCACGACAACCCUGAUGUGGUUUCCUAUGCCAUCCUCCCUCUGCACCGUUUGGUGGAGGACUCGCAGAUCAGUGACAAUCUGAGAAGCAUCGUCACUGACUACAUUAAAGAGAACCAGCUGCAUCCUGCUUCCAAGAGCUGUUCCCCAACUCCGAACCUGGAUCGCAACUGUUGUCCAUUAAGGGCUGUCAGAGGAAUCCUCAGACUGGAGAUCCAAAGAGCUGCAGGCCUGAAUGCGGACCCGUUCUCAAAAACAGACGCCUACGUGAAAAUCUUCUACAACGGCAAGUACGAGGAAACUGCGACGCUAAUGAACGACAAUAACCCAGUGUGGAAUGCAAUGUAUGAUUUUGGUUCCGUUGACCUGGGUCAGGAGAUGAGGUUGGAAGUCUGGGACAAGGAUGUUUAUUUUGAUAACAGGGUUGGGAUAUGUCUGCUGUUUCCUGAGAGGGGAACUCACUCCGGGAGCUGUGAGCUCAGUAAAGGAGUUCUCUACUUCACCUACACCGUCAGGUGAGAUGCUCACUUGACAGGCUUUAGGUGUGGACGCUACUCCCCCAAUGCUGAGUAGGUUGUUAGGUGACAAUGUUUCAGCAUGGAUUUCGAUAUAUAGAUGGAUGAUGUUUAAGUGUAAUAUAUUUGGCAUUUUAUAAUUGCAUUUGAACGAUAAACAUAAACAUUUCGUAUUAUAAUACAGUUUUGAAGCUGAUUGUCACCUCAGAAAUCUUUGAAUCUUUAAAAAUGAGUUUUUCUGGAGAGGGAGAUUUUGUUGAAGUUCUUUUAGAGUUCCUGAUUUGAAUAAAUGUGGCUAUUUAAUAAAGAAAUUACCUUGACUUUUGCACUUUCUAACAUUUAAUUACAUCCAAGAUACUCGAUUUCAGCUAAAUCUGCUUUUAAAAUUACGAAAGGAUUCAGUGGAAGUAGACGUGAUUUCCAAAGGCUGUAGUGAACAAAUACUGCCCCCAUGAGGGCCAGAUGCACAACGUCAUUUCAUUUUUACCCCACAUUUAAGAACCUCAGCAUUGAUAAGUACAAUCACAUAGAAAUGCGUGUACAAAUGUUUUUUCACAGAUAACUAGUGGAUCCUUUGUAAUUUGUAUAUGAAUCAGUUUGGUACUGUACUUGCAAUUAAAAACUAUACUUGUAUAAAUUGUGUAUGUUACUA